UUUUGAUUGUGAUGCUGUUAUGACUGGAACUGACGGUUCAUUGGACAACUUAAUUUAUCAGUGGGAAUUUAUUAGUAAUGCUAACAAUAACAUAAAUAAUAAUUUACGAUCUGUUAAACAAGCGAGCGAUAGUGGAUCAGAUGCAUUAAAUACUAUUAUUCAUAGACAACGUCUUCUAGUUCGGGCACCAUCUGUGGUUGGUACAGUUUCUCAUAACAAUUAUGAUAAUGUUAAUAAUAAGUUUGAUUUAAGUCAAUUUCAUGAAUCACAACUACGUAUUGAUAAACUGACUUUAGAUCACAACGGAGAAUAUCAAUGUACUGUAAGAACAAGAUUAGCUACAUCUGGAGGAGGAGGAGCAACAAUGAACAAUUAUUAUCAAAUCCCACCAAUGAUUACAAGAAAAUUUCGGUUGACUGUCAAAUCACGGAUCGAUGGGUCAAUAAUUGAAGGACCUCAUAUUAUCAAUGAAACAGUUGAAGCCGGUCAAGAUGCGAUAUUUCACUGUCAAGUCAAUCCCGAAGAACAUCGAUCAAGUACAAUCAGAUGGGGUAAAAGUAUAGAUAUUAAUGAACGUUUAGCUUAUGAAGCCGAAGGAAGAGAAGUUAUUCAAUGGGCUGGUGGGACAUUUGUUGUUCUUCCAAGUGUACCAACUUUAUUAGCUUUAAAUUAUAAUUCAAACAUGCCAUCAGACACUUUGUUUUCACCUAAACUAUCAGCCCUGAGACCUUCAUCUUCAUCUUCUUCUGCAUUAUCAUCAUCAUCGUCGUCAUCAUCAUCAUCAUCAGUGGCAGAAGCACUACCUUCAGGUGCUGUAGCUACUGAGGUUUCAUCGAGUCAAAGUAGUCAACUUCUAUUAAGACAAGCUAGUCAAUCAGAUUCUGGACGAUAUGUAUGUUCUGUAUUAACUGAAGCUGGACGAGAUGAUCAUAAAUUUGUUCAAAUAUCUGUAGUUGGCGGAUCCUUAAUUCAAGGUCAUAAAUUGACUGGAAGCAGUGGGACACAUCGAUUAACUUUAUACAUUGCUAUACCGACUACUAUAUUUUUCAUAUGUUUGUGUGUAGUAACAUACUGUUUGAUCAGUCGACGUACAGCUCAUAAUCGACGUGCAUCUCAUGUUCGACAUCAGCGUAAUUAUUUUAAUGCUGUACAACAAUCACAAAUUAAAUCAUCUUCAGUGGCAAGCGGUAGUUCAAUUGGUGUAUGUCGUAAUGGUGGUAUAAAUGGUCAUACUACAAUCACCAGUGAUAAUCGUUUGAGAACAUCUCCAACCGGUACAGCAUUAGGUACUACAUCAAUAGGUUAUUCAUCAGUUAAUGGUACCAAUUCCAUGAAUAGUUGUAAUAAUAAUAAUGGUCCGAUUAAUACACAAUUAUCAACUCCAAAUUGUCAAGUUAAUUUACACGGUACUGUACCAAUGAUACCAGGAGGUUAUCCUGUUUUAAUUCAAUCCAUUGGCGGUAGUCAACAACCAGUAUCAUCACCAUUUUAUUCUGUACCUGAGGCUAGGUCAUUAUCAACGUAUGGUCAAAAUGUAUCACCUGUUACAACUGGAAAUAAUUCAGAAUUUAUUAUGGGCAAUAUGAAUGCAACUACAACGAACAAUAGUAAUAGUAUAGCUUGUUAUCCGAACGGUUUAAUUUAUCCUAUACAAAGUGGUCAUAUUAUCAACUCGAAUGUUUCAAACCUUGCAUCAAAUUCAAUGUUCAGCUCAUCACCGGAGUCUUCAACAUCUGGAAUAAAUAGUAAAACUGAACCGGUUGAAGGUAGAUUAAUGUUUCGUCCCCAACCAGCAUUAAUUAACAAUUACAAUUUAAAUAGUAAUACAGUGAACAGUAGCAGUAAUAAUAAUAGUGAUACAAUCAGACGUUUUGGUCAAUCAACUGGAAUUAAUACCUCAAACUAUGAAAUGACUAUCACUAAUACACCAUCAGCAUUAUCAUCUUAUCCAAAUCAUGUUAAUACAUAAUAUUCCUCUCUCUCUAUUUCUAUGUAUCUGUAUAUUACUCUAUCUAUUUGUCCAUAUGUACGUAUGGAUUGUUUAUGCAAUUUCAGUUUUCAAUCAUAAACAAUGUAAUAACAGUAGAACGAUAAACCAUAAUAG